GUCACACGUCGAGUGACGGGGGGGGCCAUUCGUAAAAUCUACGAAGUAUGAGCAGAAAGUACUUGCUACCGCGGAACGUGAGAUCGUCAGAAUAAUAUCAAUCGUGAUAAGGCGUAUAUAUUACUCUUUUUGUUCUUUUGUGGUGAAAUUGCUGUUGUGUAGAGUAACAAAGACAUAACCUCAAAGGCGAGGUUUCUCGAUACGAUUCUCUGAUUUUCGAUCCGAUACAGAAACAUUUUGUACUUAUCAGAAAACGGAGGAAGCAUGAUUAACAUAGCUUUACUAGCUGAGAGAGGCGAGUUUUAAUGAAUAAGACUUAAAUGGGAAACACUUUGCGUUUAACUUGCAUUUAGUCAUAAAACUGUAAUGUUAACGUUACUUAUAAGGAUAAGCAGAUAAAAGACGCUUAUAACAUUAUCAUUAUAUACAUGGUAAAAGGAUAUGACUUAUCAUGAUAUCAUCUUGCCUAGUCAAAUGCGAGAUUUGAUAGUACGAUUAUAUCACUGUUCUGUAAAUGUAACCUAAACAAUAGUCAAUAACUCGCUAAAGAAAUUCUAAUAAACCAGUGGGAAUGGGCAAUUGUUUGUGUAAAGAUACUCCAGGGUUAUACGACAUUGAGCCAUAUGGCAGUAACAAUCAUGCAGAAGCUCAAAAUACCAGAAUACCAGAACCAAGUACAGAUUCAUGCAGUGAUUCAGCAUCUCCUUCCUAUAAGUUUCCAACAUUGUCACACAUUGACAAACUUGUAUUGGAGACACUUGGAAGUCUUGAUACUCUAGUAGAUAAUGAUCAUGAGCCACCACCAGCAAUGUUAAAACUGAAUGCCAUUGCGGACAAAGAAGAUGGUUGGAUACAAGUAGUUAAUUCUAUGGUUAAUGUUAUUCCAAUGAACAAUCCAUUGGGUCCUUCGGUUAUAAUAUUAUUAUUAGAUGAUUGUCCUUUACCUUCAAAGGAUUCUGUGCAAAAAUUAUCAAACAUAUUUCAAUUUCCUUAUAUACGUGGACAAAUGCAAAUUACAACUACACGGCAACGCAAUAUAUGCGUAGUACUUGGCUGCAUUGCAGAGAAACUUGCUGGUCCUAGUAGUAUUGCAAUAUUAUCUGAGGCUACUUUAGAUUAUCUAGUUUCAAAUUUACGAAAAGAUGUUGAGCCUUAUGUAAUGUUGUAUUCUUUAAUAGCACUAGAGAAGUUUGCACAGACAAGUGAAAAUAAAGUAACUAUUAAGAAACGCCUUAUGGCGGAAAAACAAAAUCCAUUAAUGGAAUUGGAAAAAUGGUCUACUGAAACACAUUAUGUACGUCGACAAGUUGGUUUCUGUGCACAAUGGUGUUUAGAUAACUUAUUCUUAAUGGAUGGUAGGAAAUAUUCCCACGAUUCCGUUGAUGUGACGGGUAUUAAUGUAAUGUUAAAUACGAAAGAUGUAAGCGAGUACCUGAAAAUAUCACCUAAUGGUUUGGAGGCACGAUGUGAUGCAUAUUCCUUUGAAAGUGUACGAUGUACAUUUCAAGUAGAUUCAGGAAUAUGGUAUUAUGAAACAUUGAUAAUAACUACAGGCGUAAUGCAAAUUGGAUGGGCUACAAAAGAUAGCACAUUUCUAAAUCAUGAGGGAUAUGGCAUAGGAGAUGAUGAAUUUUCUUUGGCCUAUGAUGGCUGUCGCAGACUGAUUUGGUAUAAUGCACGAAGUGAAAAGUUUCAUGACAGACCAUGUUGGAAAUCUGGUGAUAUCUUGGGUUGCUUGUUAGAUUUAAACAAACUAGAAAUAAUAUUCUCUAUCAAUGGUGUACCAUUAAAACCAUGUAUUCAAGUAUUUAAAACAGUAAGAUCUGGAUUCUUUGCGGCAGCUAGUUUCAUGUCAUUCCAACAAUGUCUAUUUAAUUUUGGACACAUACCUUUCAAAUACCCACCUACUGAUCGAGAAUUUCAAAAAUUCAAUGACUAUGCUACAUUAAAACCAGAAGACAAGAUCGUACUUCCCAGGCACAUAUAUUUAGAUCAAUUACGGAGGCUUAGUGUUAGGGAAGAUUCUUGUACAAUAUGUUACGAUCAGAGGGCGUCGGUCAGGUUACUGCCAUGUGACCAUAGAGGAUUCUGCCAAAGGUGUUCAAAACAGCUAAUUGAAUGCCCAAUGUGUAGAGCUACUAUUGAAGAAAUAGCUUCAGAUAACAUAUGACAUCAAUCAUCUCGUACCAAUGGUUAUGAAUUUUUUCAUCACUUCUUUUAUGUCAUACAAUUUUUAUGGAAAUAUCACGAAAUAAUCAUAGAUAGUUAUUUACGUCGUGUAUUAUGUACACUUAUCAUGUGUCACAUAGUAUUUUUCUCUAUACAAUACAUUGCAUUAAUGAAUAGAAAAAAACUACAAAUUAAUUAUAGAAAAACGAAUUCCGUGAUAGUACAUUGCAAAGAUUUGAAUAAGUUUCUAUUUUAAAAAUCAAAGAUCCUAAAGAUGGAUACAUAAACAAAUAUUUUACAAAGACAUAACAUUCUUCUUGAAACUUUUCUGUACUUCUCUAUACUUUUUCUACCAUGUAGAUUUAUAGCAAAAUAUUUUGUGAUCUAAAUAAUAUCCUCAUGAACAUUAACUUCAAGAGAUUACAAUUAUGUAUAGAUAUAUACUAAUUUAAUAUAAUUAAUAGAGAAGUAAAUAGAGAUGCGAGAAAAUUAUAACAAUAGAGGAGAAAAUCGUGAAUCAGAAGAUGAACAUUAAUCAAAGAUACAGGGGAAAGCUCAAACUCCAUAUAAAAAAGUUUCAUAUAGGCACUUUUGAUGGACGUAUGUAUUUGUUGUCAUAAGAAAUGUAAUAGUUAAACAAAACUUUUAUAUUGACUAAUAUGAACUCUUGUAGUUUUCAUGGUGUUAAAUACAACGGUUGCUCUAUCGAUUGUGUUUAUAGAGAGUCUCGCUUUGAAACUUAUGACUGAAUCUUAAAAUUUAAAAGAUUAUUUAUUCAUUAAUUCAAACAUAUUUCCUCUAUUAGAAUUAUAAAAGUUCAGAUUAUAUCUUCAAACUCUUUAAAUUCUUGAUAAGUUGUGUAAAUGAAUUUAUAACUAGUGAUAUAAUGUAAAUUUAUCUUUAAGGAACUAUGAAAUAUUGAUAGUACAUAUUAAAGUACCUACACGCCACAUUCACACACACACACACACACACACACACACACAUAUAUUCUUGGGAAGAUAUAAAGAGAAAUUUAAUGUUUUAUCAUAUACAUGUAUUUUGCAAACAUUUUUUUAUAAAGUCUUAUUUUUGUUAUGAAUUACCUCCUAUUAUUCUAACGCAAACAUUUCAUCUGGUAAUAAAUAUAUUUAAAUGUAUUUAAAAAAUAAUUUACCUGCAAUCUACUAUUUUUUAAAUAAUAUACAUGCAUUUUAUUCACAA